GUUGCAUCGAAAAAAAAUACAGAGAGAUUGGAAUGAAGGUAGCUCCCAUCGUAGUGUUUAUGUUCAGAGACACAGAGGGAUUCGCCUCUGCCAUCUCAGAAGCUCUCCACCCUAACCCUUCCUCCUCCUUCUCCCGCCUAGAGGACUCAUUUGAGUUCCCCUUGGAGGGUUAUGGAAUCAAAGACCUCAAAGCAUCUGGCGACGUUUUUCACUAUGUUGAUAAUCAGGGCAUAUACCAGGUGUCAAUCGUGGUUAUGCAGCAUUAUGAGCCACCGGUACUAGCAUGUGCUCUCAAUGAGGUACUCAAAGAAAUUGCUGGAGAUAAAUCAUCCUUGAUGCCUACACUUUUGGUACCAUUUUUGGUGGCAUCAUCCAAGGUUAAAGGGCAAAUUAAAUCCCUAAAAGCAGAUGAAAGGAAGGCUUUAAUUUUUGGCAUACAGACUGGUCAAAGUACAGACAUAAUGCAGGCCUUACUCACCAAAACCCAGGAGCCACCAUCUUCAUUGUGGAUUCAGCAUGAAAGUUUUGCAUGUUUUCUUCACUUUGUACGCGUAAUGAAGUUACCAACCUUUUUUCUAGUUGGACAAACUAGUCAAUAUUUGGACAAUAGAUCUACCAAACAGCAUGAGACAAUUCAUGUAAUAGGUGAGAUUUUGGCUAGCAGUACUGGUCUGCAGUUUUCAGAAGACAGAGUGAUAUGGAACCCAAAGAAAACAUCAAGGGAGAGCAAGGAGCCAUGGCGCGCAUUAUAUGGUUGAAUCUUGGGUCAUUUACAUGCAAUCAUGGAACCAGUGUUUCCGUGGGUCUGAUUCUCAGAACCAUUGAUCUUUUCUGUGCUAACUGUUUCCUUAAACAUUAUAUAAGUUUUUUUAUUUUAUUUUUUAAACUUAUUUUCUUGUUACCUCAUCGAAGUAUCCGAGUCUCUUUUAAUGUGUGUCAAUGGGCUGAAUGGCGCCAUAGCAUGUAGCUGCAUGCUUUUCGUGCACAUGUGGGGUUUAUUUGUAUUUCACCUUCUGGACAAAGGCUUCACUAAAUAGGUUUAACUGUUUCAACCACCCAUCACAUUACAUUCUCAUUGGGUCAUUGUGUUGCUUUGAGUAACGGGAGACGAUAGUUUCACUGUCUAUAUUUUGGUAAUGUGAGGUUUUCGAAAAACAAGAUUCUAUGAUGAUUAUGAAUGACUUCAGGAUACAUAGUUGUUUUAGAGAUGUGGCCUUCUUUUAAUUAUAAGAGCUAAUGUUUAUAAUUUUUUGUUGGUUGCUC